GCGUCGGCCGGACGACGCCUAGCGCCCGCCAAAACCUCCUCCAUUUUCACCGCUCCCACGGAGGCGAAAGGAGCGGCGGCGGCUGCGGUUCCUGAUCGGAGCGGCGGCGCGGCUGAGCAAAAGAGGCAGCGCUGCAGCCUGCAGUUAGCAAAGAAGAGCACCGAGCCGACGAAUAGAGGAAGCGAGGCAGCCCAUUUCUCCCUCAAAAAUCAAAAGUUUUGCAUUGUAGAUGGACAGCAAGCAAAAGAAGUUACUUCUCCUUUUGUUUGGCCCAGAAGGAAAAUAAAAAAGUGAGCGGUGGUUGGCCUCAACCGCCGCCCGAGAAGCCCUUUCGCGCUAACGGAAAAUCAAUUUCCUGCUCACAAGCAUUUCUACUUUUCUACCCCAGAACCACAAACCUUAGUUACCAAGGGGAUCAACAAUAUUGUCACACGGAAUUUGAAUCGACUCGAACGAAAUGGGAUCUUCGAAGGACGAUGUGGAUCGCCUCUUCGCCUGCUUCAAAUGCGGCAUCUCCCCUCCUCAGUCGGCAUUCAGGGUGAGACCGCGUCGGCAGGGCAAGAAGUUGCGGGUCACGCCUUCGGCAGAAGGUGAUGGCGGCGGAAGCAGUUCCUCUUCUGCUUUGACACGGAAAGUUGGCGAAAAUGCGAGCGAGCAUAGGGAGCCAUCAUCAGCGGCGAUCAAAUUCAGAAAUCGAAAGCAGAUGUCUCCAGUUGUGUUCUACGGUUCUCCGCAAGGUGUUCCAGUGAAAAAGCCGAUGAGCCUCUUGAGGCUGCUUCGUGAAAUCCACAUUGACCUCAAGAAGCAAACUGAUUUGAUCUCCAGGGAUGUUGUUUGGGCUACAUUCCCUAGACAAGAUGAGGCAAUAAGGUUCUCAAAGGAACAUGCAUGCACCAAAGUCUUCAGCUAUCAAGAUCACUUGAGCGGGCAAAGAAGAUUCCUUGUGUCUACAUAUAACGAGUUCUGGAGAAGGUACAAUAAUAUGGACCCACAGAUCCGCCAUCACUAUGAAGUUAUCCAGGAGGGUUCACCUUGCCACAUUUACUUUGACCUUGAGUUUAAUGCAAAACUGAACCAGAAGAGAGAUGCAGAUGAAAUGGUUGAUACAUUGGUUUCUGUCACAUUCAGUGCCCUGCAGGACAAAUAUUCUAUUGAAGGACAAGAAGAAUGGAUCAUAGAAUUAGACUCAUCUAAUGAAGAAAAGUUUUCGCGCCAUUUGAUCAUUCGUAUACCAAAGAUUGCAUUCAAGGAUAACUCCCAUGUUGGUGCAUUUAUCUCUGAGAUAUGCUCUCGGAUUGCCGCUCAACGUGCAGCCAAUCCCAACCUUGAUAAAUUGUAUAUUACAAAAGAUAGCAGUGGCGCACAACCUGUUGAUCAGCUCUUUGUGGAUACUGCUGUAUACUCUCGUAAUCGUUGCUUCCGUUUAGCCUUCUCAUCAAAGUCUGGGAAAAAGUCAUUUCUUGUGGCUACUGGACGUUUCAAAUGUAAGAACAUGAAUGACAAGGAACUAUUUAUGGAGUCACUUAUUUGCAGACUAGAUGAUGACUGCGAUAAGCUUUUGAUCUGCAAACUUGAUUUGGAAUGCAAGAAAGUAUUGCAUUUUGACACUGAAGCCAGCAUUACACGAAUUCAAGGAAAAAACUACCGGGUUGCCAUUGAUACUUACCGAAAUGAUUUUCCUCAAGCAUACACUUACGGGAGAUCUCCUUUUCCAGCUCUGGACGGCUUUAUUGAAUCUAUAGCUUCCUUUGGAAGUGUCUCAGGGAAAAUUCGAUGCUGGUACUGGUUUUCCCAAGAUGGUUUAAUGAUUUAUAGCAUGUCAAGGAGUAGAUACUGUGAGCAUAUUGGAAGAGAGCAUAAAAGCAAUCAUGUUAUGUACAUUGUGGAUUUCCAAAGAGCCGCGUAUUACCAGAAGUGUUACGACCCUGAUUGUCACGGGUACCGUUCUCCAUUGCGUGCCGUACCCUUGGAUGUGAUUCCUGAGCUCACUGCCUCCAUAGCCGGUUUGGCCCAGAGAGAUUAUCAGGGCAAUGUUGUGGAAAUCAAUAUGGAAGGCAGCAGAAUGGAUGGUAACUCUGUUAUGGCGAGCGGGGACGAAGAGGAGGAUCCUGGUUGGUGGGAAGAAGCGGUGAAGUUUGCUGACAGUGUCGAGAACGUCGAUCACGCUCCUGCCUCUUGUAACUUGGAGGAUGGCGAUUGUGAUGAUGCUGACUGGUGGAUGGAUGUGGAAAGGUUUGUGGUGCAGAUGGAAUCACAGGGCGAUGCAUAGGGAUAGUUCUUACCACCACGGUUACCGAACAUGUUACAUGUAGAUGUAGUUGCAUAUGGUUAUGCACACAAGAUAGCCAUUUGGUUCGCAUAAUCUGUUCGAGGGAAGCGAUGUACUCCCUCCGUUCCUAAAUAUAAGUCUUUUUAGAGGUUUCAUAAGAAAACUACAUACGGAUGUAUAUAGACAUACUUUUGAAUGUAGAUUUAAUUAUUUUGCUUCGUAUGUAGUCCCUUGUAAAAUCUUGAAAAAGACUUAUAUUUAAGAACGGAGGGAGUAUUUAGUUGUUUGAUAAAGUAAACUGUAACGGUGAUCCUCGUAUGAGCCCAUGCUCGUCUGUUUUUGAUGAGCAGUAAAUUCAAAAAAAUAGCAUGAAAUUUCCAGGCAUCUGAGAUGCUCGGAUGUGCUAAGGAGCUUGCAAAUUUCUAUUAUUACCAAGAAACAGUGUGAUGGUAAGGUUUGAGGAGGGAAUAAUGGUAUUGACAUAAA